AUGUUCUUCUCACUAGUCUCGGCAGGCGUCUCCGGAGCCAAACUUGUGGUCACCCGCGACGACGAGGAUGAUGAUACUGGUUCGGCUUUCGAGGCCUAUCAACUCGAAAGCAGGGGCUGGCGGUCCACCAGGACCACCUGGGGCAGACAAGCCAGGCAUUCCACCUGUACAAGGUCCUACCAAUGGUCCAGGACCUCCUGUCCAGUCAACAACUACCUCGACGUCUACCUCCUCAACUUCUACCUCCUCCGCUGUAAGCGUAUCGACGACGGAAGAGGGUACGAGUACUACUACUUUGAUUAUCUCGGUGACGCCGUCAGCGACUCGACCCACAACAAGCACUUCUGCCGCCUUCUCUACGAUCGUUUCUCUGCCAGUUUCCACUCUGACGACGUCUUCUACGAAUUCUUUCAGUACCAUUAG